CGGCGCGGCGCGGCGCGUCACCGAGCGAGACCAUGAUGGCGGCUCAUCAUGCACCAGAAGUGAUAGCACAGCUGGAAAGCGCAGCCAAAGUUUUAAUGGCACCCCCAUCCAUGGUCAGUCAUGAACAGCGUCAACAUGCAGAACACAUAUUCCUGUCAUUUAGAAAAUCAAAAUCACCAUUUGCAAUAUGUAAACACAUACUAGAAACCAGUAAAGUUGAUUACGUUCUAUUUCAAGCUGCCACGACCAUAAUGGAAGCUGUUGUGCGAGAAUGGGUGCUAUUGGAAAAAAACAGCAUUGAAUCACUACGGACAUUCCUAUUAACUUAUGUCUUGCAAAGGCCUAACCUUCAGAAAUAUGUUCGAGAACAGAUACUAUUAGCAGUAGCAGUAAUUGUCAAGCGAGGCUCAUUAGACAAAACCAUUGUCUGCAACAGCAUAUUCCAUGAAGUUGGUCACUUAAUAAGCAGUGGCAACCCAGUAGUGCAGACAUUGGCGUGUUCAAUCCUAACAGCAUUAUUGACUGAAUUCUCAAGUUCCACUAAAACCAGUAAUAUUGGCCUCAGUAUGGAAUUCCAUGGGAGCUGCAAAAGAAUUUUUCAGGAAGAUGACCUUCGGCAGAUAUUUGUUUUGACGGUCGAGGUGCUUCAGGAAUUCAGCCGACGGGAAAACCUCAGUGCUCAAAUGUCUUCUGUGUUCCAGCGUUACCUUGCACUAGCUAACCAAGUCUUGAGCUGGAACUUUCUUCCUCCAAAUUUGGGCAGGCAUUAUAUAGCUAUGUUUGAAUCGUCCCAAAAUGUGAUGUUAAAGCCAACAGAAUCCUGGCGAGACACUCUUCUGGAUAGCAGAGUUAUGGAUCUAUUCUUUACAGUACAUCGCAAAAUCAGAGAAGAUUCUGACAUGGCCCAGGACUCUUUGCAAUGUCUGGCACAACUAGCCUCGAUCCAUGGACCUAUAUUUCCUGAUGAGAGGGCUCAGAUUGAUUACCUAGCUCAUUUCAUUGAAGGAUUACUCAAUAUGAUUAAUGGGAUAGAAAUUGAGGACUCUGAAGCAGUGGGAAUUUCCAAUAUUAUGAGCAAUUUGAUUUCAGAAUUCCCACGUAGUAUUUUAACAGCCAUUCCAAGUGAACUGUUUUCUUCAUUCAUAAAUUGCCUCACACAUAUCACCUGCUCUUUUGGACGGAGUGCAGCCCUAGAAGAAGUGCUGGACAAAGAUGACAUGGUGUAUAUGGAGGCGUAUGAUAAGCUCCUUGAAUCGUGGCUAACACUUGUGCAAGACAACAAACAUUUCCAUAAAGAAUUUUUUACUCAACAUGCUGUACAAGUUUUUAAUUCAUACAUUCAAUGCCAUUUGGCAGCACCAGAGGGCACAAGAAACUUGACUACCAAUGGUGUAGCAACACGUGAAGAAGAAGAAAUCAGUGAGGUACAGGAAGAUGAUCGCGAAUUGUUUUCUGACCAGCUAGCUGGUAUAGGCAUGUUAGGAAGAAUAGCGGCAGAAAACUGUAUUCCUCUACUUAUCAGCUUGUUGGAAGAUAGAGUUACAAGACUUCACGGUCAGUUACAAAGGCAACAGCAGCGAUUCCUUUCAUCGCCUGGGCCAGCAUCAUUGGCUAAUAAAUUUCUAGAUGAUUUAUAUGAGGAUAUUCAUUGGCUAAUAUUAGUCACAGGCUACCUCUUGGCUGAUGAUACUCAGGGAGAGACUCCUCUUAUACCUUCAGAGGUAAUGGAAUAUUCUAUUAAGCAUGCAACCGAGGUUGACAUUAACACAACACUUCAGAUCCUGGGCUCUCCAGGGGAGAAAGCCUCCUCAAUACCAGGAUGCAACCAAACAGAUUCUGUGAUCAGGUUGUUAGCUGCUGUUCUCCGAGCUUCAGAAGUGGAAUCUCGAGCCACAAGAGCAAACUUGAUAGAACUGCUCAGCCCACAAAUGGGAAAAGACAUUAUGUGGUUCCUGAGACGGUGGACAAAGACUUACCUUCUCGCAGAUGAAAAACUUUAUGACCAGAUAAGUUUACCUUUAAUUAUGGCAUUUGGUGUGGACACUGAAGGUGCUCAGUGGAUUGUUGGCUACCUUUUAGAAAAAGUUAUAAGUAAUCUUACGGUAUGGAUUGCAGAAACGGAUCUGGCAAAUGACACUGUUCAACUUCUUGUAACACUGGUGGAGAGGAGAGAACGGGCCAAUUUAGUAAUAAAAUGUGAAAACUGGUGGAAUUUGGCCAAACAAUAUGCAAGUCGAACUCCACCGUUGAACUGCCUUCCGAGCUCCGUGCAGCGAACAUUGAUGAAAGCCCUCGUUUUGGCAGGGUUUGCUCAUGUGGACUCAGAAACAAAACAAAAGUAUUGGACGGAGGUUCUCCAACCACUCCAACAGCGGUUUCUCAAUGUUAUAAACCAAGAAAACUUCCAACAAAUCUGUCAGGAAGAAGAGGUGAAGCAGGAGAUCAUUGCCACACUUGAGGCACUUUGCGGAAUAGCAGAGGCAACGCAGAUAGACAAUGUUGUCAUUCUCUUCACCUUUUUAAUGGAUUUCCUCAAUAAUUGCAUUGGUUUAAUGGAUAUUUAUAAGAACACACCUGAAACUAUUAACUUGAUCAUAGAAGUUUUUGUUGAAGUUGCACACAAACAAAUCUGCUACCUUGGAGAGUCAAAAGCCAUGAAGCUGUAUGAAGCGUGCCUGACACUACUGCAGGUUUAUUCGAAGAACAGCUUGGGCAGGAAACGGUCCGAUGUGGCGGCAGAAGAGGAACAGUAUCAAGAUUUGUUGCUUAUUAUGGAACUUCUGACUAACCUCUUAUCAAAGGAGUUUAUAGACUUCAGUGAUACAGAUGAAGUUUUUCGGGGACAGGAACCUGGACAGUCGGGAAACAGAUCAGUGUCUGCUGCAGAUGUUGUUCUUUAUGGAGUUAAUAUUGUACUGCCACUAAUGUCACAAGACUUGUUAAAGUUUCCAUCAUUGUGUAACCAAUAUUACAAAUUAAUCACCUUCAUCUGUGAAAUAUUUCCUGAGAAAAUCCCGCAACUUCCAGAAGAGCUUUUUAAGAGUUUGAUGUACUCCCUGGAAUUGGGAAUGACAUCAAUGACAUCUGAAGUUUCCCAACUCUGUUUAGAAGCCCUUACGCCCCUGGCUGAACAGUGUGCUAAGGCACAAGAAACAGAAUCGCCACUCUUCACUGCAACCAGACAUUUUCUUAAGCUCGUCUUUGACAUGCUGGUCUUGCAGAAGCACAACGCAGAACUUACUGAUGCUGCAGGAGAAGCUUUCUACACACUAGUAUGUCUGCAUCAGGCUGAGUAUUUGGAAUUAGUUGAAACUCUUCUAUCAAGCCAGCAGGAUCCAGUUAUAUAUCAAAGAUUAGCAGAUGCCUUCAAUAAUCUUACUGGAAGCAGCACUCCCCCAACCUUGGACCGAAAGCAGAGGAUGGCCUUCCUAAAAAGCCUUAAAGACUUCAUGGCAAAUGUUGGUGGUCUUCUGUGUGUUAAAUAAACUCAGGCUGCCAAAGCCCACGGUGACCAAUGCACUGUAAAGCAUGGAGAUUGCAGCUGACUGAAUUUGACAUCUGUUUCAAUGCUGUUGCCUGCCAUCUUGGAUUUGAGACUCUCAGGAUAUCUAGUCUACCACAGUAAGACCGAAGGAUCAAUCCACUACUAUUCAGUUGCCAGUGUUUCUUAGCCAUGAUUUGCCAUAUAAUCUAAUUGUUUACUUAAAACAGAAUAAAAUAGUGUAUUUUGGAGAAUUCCGAUGUGUGGAUGAAUGGCACAGUGAAUGAAUCCAGUGCCUUUUUUAUGUCAGGUUUAAACCAGUUGCCCAAAUGGACAGCGAAAACUGUCUUAUUGCUUAUAUUUGAACCCUUGCUUCGGGGGAAUCACUGUCGACAAAUACACAGCUGUAAAUGAUAUAGCUGAAAUUAGCUUUAUUUUUUUUUCCAACAUAUGGAUUUAUUUGUGACCGAAAGAAGAAAACACCAAAUUGUAGCAUUUUAAUCUGAUUUUCUUUUGCAUAUCAGGCAGUAAUCAUAUUGUACACAUUUCAGAUUCAAUUUGUACUGCCUGCUGUUCAGAAUAAAGUAUAUAUUUUUGCCUCCCAGCCGUGAAUUUUAGGAAUUGUAACAAGUUGCCUUAUUUUCUGUAAAUAUAAAAGUUUGGUGUUGUGAAAAGACUGAAACUGGAUUGCCAAAAUGGCAGCUUUGUGUGGUUUUCCUUGUAAUAUACUUUUCUUUGAAAAUGAAACAUUUUUUACUGUUUGUUGUCAGAAGUAGUGUUAAAAACAUUUACUUAUGAAUGGAAGUUGUCAUUUUGGAUACAAAAAAAUGAAGUCAUCUAAGUUCUGCAUUUAAGGUUUAAAGGGAUCUACCUUUAAACAAAACAACUUUACACCUGAACUGCCACGCUGCAAGGUUCAUGUGUUUAUUUGAGCAAUAACUAGGGUGUGAAUGAUUUAAUAAUGUUCAUCAUGAUAAUCUAGAGCUUUUUUUUUUAAAGAACUCUAGUUAUACUGUUGAGUAGUCAAAAAUCAAACUUCUGACACUUAGAAAAAUGUAAAUAAGCUGUUGGGCAUUUUGUUUGUGCGAAAUUUGCCUUGAUAUAAUUCAACAAAUCACAAUGUAUGUACAUAAGUAAAUAGAAAAUUGUAAUACUGCACAGUACACUUGGAGGUUCCAAAAUGAGAAAUGAAUCAGGAUAAAUCGGUUGGGUUUGAACAUGCAAAUUAAUUUUAAACGCACAAAUUAAGUGGGGGAAAAGCUUGUGGUGCUCAUACCAUUAAAAAGCUGGAACA